ACACAGAGGGAACUCCACUGAGAGCUGAUCACAACCUCUAGGACAAGUGCAUCCUUACUGCAAGGAUUUGGAUAUUUUCACAGGGAUCCUAGAGGUCAGCUGAGAACUUCAAGGAAAUAUGACUCUGAACCGCAGUGACCGGAUCAAGAGCCUGGAGAAGAGGAGGGGGAGCAUGCCGUUCGCUGUUCACCAACAGCUCCACCGGAGGAGCAUGCCGGUGGAUGAUAAGGAAUUGCAUGGAAAAUCUCCAGCUGGGGAUCUCUCUAAGCUUCUCCGCUGUCCCUCGUACAACCCAACCGAUGAGCACCGGGAGAGCUGGGCGUCCGACUCCUCUGACUCUGUCAUCUCCUCAGGAAGCGAUUCUGAAGAUCACCUGUUUAAAGUUAUUCUCCUUGGAGAGCAUGGUGUGGGCAAGUCCAGUUUGGCCAGGAUCUUCGGGGGCGUGGAGGACCUCCAGGAUGUAGAAGAAGCAGGAAAUACUUAUGACAGAUCCAUUGUGGUGGAUGGAGAGGAAGCUAGCCUUCUCGUCUUUGACAUCUGGGAGCAGGAUGACACCCACUGGCUCCACAAUCAGUGCAUGAAGAUGGGAGAUGCCUACGUCAUUGCCUACUCGGUGACAGACAAGGCCAGCUUUGAGAAGGCGUCUGAACUCAGAAUUCAACUGAGGAGGGCACGCCAAACCGAAGACAUCCCUAUUAUCCUAGUGGGAAAUAAGAGUGACCUGGUCCGAUCGCGGGAAGUCUCUGUGGAAGAGGGUCGGGCCUGUGCUGUAGUGUUUGACUGUAAAUUCAUCGAGACCUCAGCUGCUCUCCACCACAACGUCAAGGACCUCUUUGAAGGCAUUGUCCGACAGAUCAGACUCCGCAAAGACAGCAAAGAGGACAAUGCCAGAAGAAUGGCCAGCAGCAAAAGGCGAGAGAGCAUCGGGAAAAAAGCCAAGAGGUUCCUGGGGAAGAUUGUAGCCAAAAACAAUAAGAAAAUGGCAUUCAAGCAGAAAUCCAAAUCGUGUCAUGACCUGUCAGUGCUGUGAAACGCCGCUGAGAUGCUAUUUGUUACCUGGAGGAACUACUUGACUUUUUUUUUUUUUAGGAAAUGGAGAUGUACAAAUCUAGAACUCAGAUCCUCAUUUCUAUAUCUUUGCCUUAAUCAGCAGGACUGGAGGGUUGCAUUAAGAUUCCGGAAUCUGCGGAAUUGGCGAUUUACUUUUUUUGCUCAUGGACUCAUUUGCGGCGAGUGACUUUGUGCCUCUUGACCUACUCUGUGCCCCAUGGAAACUGGUUUUGCUUGGACUUUAUCAAAAGAGGGGGAAAAAAACAUCUAUUAUUUUUUGCUUUGUUUGGAAACUUGAAAUUUUCUGUACGCAGGCUCGUACAAGCGUCCCUAUUUUUCUUUCUUACAGGUUCCAUGUUCAUGAAAUCACCUUGGCACAGAGACCUCUGUACUGACAUGUAGGAAACUCGAAUUUUUGAACUGUAUUGCACUUCAAUUAAUUAUUAUCAAAUGGAUUUAAUAUUUGUUUACAUGCAGAUUUUAUAAUAAACUAUUUACUGUUAUAAA